AUGGCGGCGGGUGGUAGAAAUAUGAACUCAUUUCAAGCUCAUCCACUGCCACCGCCUCCGCCUCCACCUCUGCCGCCACGUGGGCAAGGAAGAGGCCCUAGUAUGGGCCAUGAGCAAAUAGCUUGUCGUUUGUGUAACCAAAUGUUCAUGAACUCACAAGCCCUAAUAAACCAUAUUGAGACUCAUUUGGUGGAAGAAGAUUUGGCUAUACAAAGAAGAAAUAAUUUCAUUCAUCGUCAACAACAACUUCAACAACAACAACAACAAAUUCAUCAUCAACAACAACUUAUGAUGAUGAAUAAUCAUAAUAAUAAUCAUAAUAAUCAUGUUUAUGUUAUCCAAUCAGAUGGACCAGCCCAAGCUACAGUUUUUCCUUAUAUUCAUGGACAAGAGCCAACUUUUAUCCAAACACCUUAUCAUCAUCAACAUCAUCACCAUCAGCCGUCGCCGCCUCUUCAAAUUCCGGCGGCCACCACUAUUCCAGUCAACAUCCACCACCAUGCUGCUCAGGAUGUUAUUCCUGCCCAUGCUGCCGCCGCUAUUCCAGUCAACAUGCCCGCCACUAUUCCAGUGAAUGUCCAACAUCAUCCUGCCGCCGCUGCUUUGACUCAAAUCAACACCAAUAACCAUAUCAACCACCACCAACACCAACACCAGCACCAUCACAACAACAAUAACAAUGUUUUGAUGAUGGGUCCAGCUGGCGGGGCCAGUGGGAACAACCAUGUCAACAAUGGUCGUGGUGGUGGCCAGCUGGCUACUCCUUCUCCUCCUCCUCCCCCUCCUCUUCCUAAUAAUAAUAAUAACUUUUAUCAACAACAUUAUAAUUUUAUUCAUAAUAAUAAUUUUAAUAGUUCUGUUGGUAGGGCUACUCACCCGAACACACCCCCUCAGGUAGUGUGUUCUCUUCCUACUUCUACUCAUUUGCCUACUUCUACCCUGAGUGGUAAUGGGCCGAAGAGGCAGAGAGAGGAGAAGGAAGACAAGAAGAAAGAGGAAAAGGAGGAGGACAAGGAAGAUGACAAAGAUGAGAAUAAAGAGAAUAUUAAUAAGAAUGUGAAGGAGGAAGAUGAUGAUGAUGAUGAUGAUGUGGUGGUGUUGGAUUCUGUUGAUCAAACUAGGCCAUUUACAAGUCUUUUGGACCAUCCGAUUCCUAAAAAGAAACGGACGGCGGAGAUGAAGGAGAAGGAGAAGGAAAAGAAGGCGAAAAUUGAUUUCACUCUCAAGCUCUGGCCUGUCACUAAAUCUCCAUAG